AUGUCAAUUGUUCAACAGGUUCCAUUCGGUAAAACAGGUUUAAAAGUUUCGCCUAUUAUUAUUGGCUGUAUGUCUUAUGGUACCAAGAACUUUUUCGAUUGGGUUUUAGAUGAUAAAGAAGAAAUUUUUGGGAUUUUAAAACAUGCAUACGAUAGGGGACUGCGUACUUAUGAUACCGCAGACGUUUACAGUAAUGGUAUGAGUGAAACUAUAUUGGGUGAAUUCUUAAGGACAUAUAAUAUUCCCAGAGAAACGGUAGUUAUUAUGACAAAAGUAUUUUUCCCAGUAGAUGAUAAAAUGGAUAUAAGUUCAAAUAGAACCAAAACUGAGGAGGAAAAUUUACAGUUGAUAAAUCAACAACAUUUAUCAAGGAAACAUAUUCUAAAUGCAGUAAAAAACUCAGUCAAAAGAUUGGGAACUUAUAUUGAUGUUUAUCAAAUACAUAGAUGCGAUCACGAAACCCCAUUUGAGGAAACUAUGAGAGCAUUAAACGAUGUAGUUGAGCAAGGGGAUGUUAGAUAUCUUGGUGCUUCCUCCAUGCUAGCUGUUGAAUUUGCCGAAAUGCAAUUUAUUGCUGAAAAACAUGGAUGGCACAAAUUUGUAAAUAUGCAAUCUUGUUAUAAUUUAGUUUACAGAGAAGAUGAAAGGGAAAUGAUUCCUUUCUGCAAGAGACAUGGUAUCGCAUUAACACCUUGGUCACCAAUUCAAAAAGGUUUAUUGGCCAGACCUUUAGGAUCACACACGCAUAGAGAAUCGACUGAUGGGGUUUUAAUUGCAAGAAAAUUAAAUCAAUUUACUGAAAGUGAGAAAGAAAUUAUUAAUCGUGUCGAGAAAUUAGCUAUAAAGAAAAAUUUAAAAAUGGUAGAUAUAUCAUUAGGUUGGGUUAUUCAAAAAGGUACCUUACCUAUUUUAGGUAUGAGCAGUAUUGAAAGAGUAGAUGAGGCUAUUAAAACAUUAACAACUAAGUUAACUGAAGACGAUAUGUACUAUUUAGAAGAGCCUUAUUGUCCAAGAAAACUCAUCAUGUAA